AUGGAACAAUCGUCCAACGAAUUGGAGAACAUUACCCUCACUAAUGAUCAAGAAGGAAAGUGGAAAAUUAAUUCUACAAAGCUUGGGCAUAAUCAUGGUUUAAGUCCGAGAAAAUCUCGUUAUUUCGCAGUCAAUCGUGAAUUAAGUUCAUCGAUAAAGAGGAAGCUUGAGCUAAACGAUGUUGCCAGAAUAGGGUUAAACAAGAGUUUUAACUCAAUUGUUGUUGAAGCUCAUGGAUAUGAGAAUGUGCUUUUUUUGGAAAAAGAUGCUCGAAAUCACAUUGAAAAAGUUAGGCGAUUGCGGCUUAAGGAAAGUGAUGCUACUGCAGUUCAGACUUACGUUCUAGAUAUGCAAGCUAAGAAUGCUAAUUUUUUCUAUGCGAUUGAUAUAAAUGAAAAGGGUCGGUUGAGAAAUUUGUUUUGGGCAGAUGCAAGGAGUAGGGCGGCAUACCAGGAAUUUGGCGAUGUUGUUACAUUUAACACCACGUAUUUGACGAAUAAGUAUGAAAUGCCCUUUGCUCCAUUUGUGGGGGUCAAUCAUCACAGCCAAUCAAUAUUACUUGGAUGUGGAUUGAUUUCAAGUGAAGAUACCGAGACAUUUGUUUGGUUGUUCAAGUCUUGGCUAGCAUGCAUGUCUGGGAAUGCUCCUGGUGGUAUAAUUACUGAUCAAGAUAGAGCCAUGAGAAAUGCCACUGAGAUUGUCUUCCCAAAUACUAGGCAUCGUUGGUGCUUGUGGCAUAUAUUGAAGAAGAUUCCUGACAAGUUGAAAGGAUAUGCUGAUUAUGAAUCUAUCUCGAUGACAUUGCUAAAUACAGUUUACGAUUCAUUAUCUCGUGAUGAGUUUGAGAGACAUUGGGAUGAGAUGAUUACGAAAUAUAAGCUACAUGAAAAUGAUUGGUUAAAUGUCAUGUAUCAGCAGAGACAUAGUUGGGUUCCAAGCUAUGUCAAAGAUUGUUUUUGGGCAGGAAUGUCUACCACACAGCGAAGUGAAAGUAUGAAUUCAUUUUUUGAUGGCCAUGUCAAUUCCAAGACUACCCUGAAGCAAUUUGUUGAGCAAUAUGAAAAUGCAUUGAGAAGCAAGGUGGAAAAAGAAAACUAUGAAGAUUUCAAGUGUUUCUCGUACAGUCUUCCCGGUGCAACUCAUUACAAUAUGGAAAAACAAGCACAAGACAUUUACACAACUUCGAAGUUCAAAGAGUUUCGAGAUGAAUUGACAGAUAAAUAUAUCAUGAGAAGGUGGAGGAAGGAUGUGAAAAGAUGUCACACAAGGGUUCAAAUUAGUUAUGGUGGAUGGGAUGCUAGACCUGAGUCACAAAGGCUUGACAUGAUGCAGAAGAAUUUUGACGACAUUAAGGACUCAUCAUAUGAUUCUGAAGAUAAGUGCAUGAUUGUUAUGACUUGGUUGAAUAACCUAAAGGAAGAACUGUCCAAACAUGAGUCCAAGAACUCUGGUGCUUGUGGUGGUGCUGAACCAGUACCUAGUUCAUCUGUCAACAGAAACGUGAGUGACGCUGAUGGAAUUUCAAAUCCAAGUCAACAUAUACUUACUCCACUGGUAAAUAAGAGAAAGGGCCGCCCACCAUCUAAAAGGAAGAUGUCUAAGGUCGAGGAAGAAGUAAGAAAGAAGCAAAAAAGAGAACAAAAGAAAAAAUGUGGUGAGACUGGUACUAAUGAAGAACUAGGAGCAAAGGGGUCAAGAACAAGAGGUCGCCCGCCAUUGAAAAAAAAUGAUUCUCCGGAAGAACAACCGCAAGGGGUCAAAAACAAAAAACAAAAUCGGAGAAAUAAGGUAUCAUCCAAUAAAAAUUCUGAUCAUGAAGGAGAAGGAUUGAAGGUAAAGUGA